AUGGCCUGGACCACUGCCGGCAACGAAAGAUCUUCUAGUCGCAGGCGUGUGUGGUCAAGUGUUGUGUUAGCUGGUCUCAGUAUGCUGGCUAAGGAGACGGGACUGACUGCACUGCUUUUUAAUUUAGUUUUUGAUAUUUAUCGAAGUUGGAGCUCAGUCACGAGGUCACCAUCAAAAUUUCGUUGGCGUCACGAAGGUCUGUUGAGUAGAUUGAGCAAAGGUCUCAUAGUCUUGAUCAUGUUAGCCAUCGCAAGGCUCGCUUUGCUUCAAGGAUCCUUACCAGCAUUCUCACCUCAAGACAACCCACCGGCGUUUCAUCCAUCCUUCAUCGUCAGAUUAAUGACGUUCUGCUAUUUAGCAGCCUUCAAUUGGUGGCUGCUUCUGUGUCCUUGGACUCUUAGUCACGACUGGCAGAUGGGGUCCAUACCACUCAUUACCAGUGGGUGGGAUCCUAGGAAUCUUAUUACUGGUGCUGCCUUAGUAGCCCUGAUGGCGCUAUCAUAUAGAUGCUUGAUGGACUUAGAGCUUCAGAGACACACUCCUCUCGUAGUGAGAUUGAUGCUCCUUGUAAUCCCAUAUCUACCAGCAUCCAACCUACUGGUCACUGUAGGAUUUGUUGUAGCUGAACGCGUUCUCUAUAUACCUAGUGUAGGAUCAGUUCUUCUGACGGUGUACGGUGUACAAAUAUUGUGUCAUCGAGGUGGAAGGUGGCUGGCAUUAGGACUGGCAAUACUUGUGGCCGCUGGCGCUGCGAGGACCUUUGAUAGGAAUAGAGACUGGAGAACAAGGGAAACACUGUUGAGAGCGGACCUAGCGGUUUUGCCACACAAUGCAAAAUUGCACUAUAAUUUUGCGAACUUUUUAAAAGACAUCGAGCAACAGGAGAACGCUAUAAAACAUUAUAAAGAAGCGCUUAAAUUAUGGCCAAGUUACGCGAGUGCUCACAAUAAUCUAGGCACGUUAGUCCUCGCGUCCGGUCGAGCUGAGCAUCAUUUUCUACAAGCUCUUAAAUACAAUAAGGACCACGUGAAUGCUCAUUACAACCUGGCCAAAUUAUAUCGGAAAAAGAAUCGCGUUUCUGAAUCAUUAAAGAUGUUGGAACGAUGUAUAUCUUUGGAGCCGAGGUUCGUUCAGGCGUACAUUGAACUUCUUCACAUUACUCCCGAAAACGAGAAGAGACCCACACUUGAGAGAUUGAUUGAAUUGGAACCGAUGAAUUGGGAACAUUACUACUUGUAUGGAAACUGGCUGAAGGGAAGAGGUCUCUGGCCAUUAUCUCUCUCGUAUUAUAAACGGUCCAUCCGUGUGUCAUUACUGUCUCGUGGCGCGCUACCACCGCUAAGGGCAGCCUGUCUCCUAUUAAGGUCGGCUGGUCAACGAGUGAGACUUCUGCAGCUAACGACAAGCUGGCACACCCUCGUGGGUGGUGAGGUGUCAGCGUCUCGACGUCGAGCAGCAGCCGCGGCCUGGAGACUCCGCAGUGAACUGCAAGGACGAGCGGCGAGAUACGCGAGGAUUCCUAUGACCUCCACUUGUUUGCAUCACAGUAAACUAGAAGUGUCGCCGGAGAAGUUAAAACAAAACAGUGUAGUGAAACACACGAGAACAAUAACUGUAUCCAGUGAUUUAAAUAUAAACACAAGUUGCCAAAAAUUAGAUAAUAAAAAAAGCGUAUCAAUAUCUGCUCAAUACAAACCUAUCCAUAAUAAAUCCGAGGCGGGACCCAAACAGAAGAGUAGCCCUUUACAUAAGAAAAACAAAAUAAAAGAACCAGAUCCUCUGCCGCUUGUUAGCGAUUUGAUAAAAACAUCUUAA